UAGUUGUUUAAAGCAACUGUAAUGAAUUAACAUAUUACAUCGUGUCCUAAAUAUACGUACACUUUAAAAGUGCUGAUAGGCACCUGUGUUCUUUGAAAAUGAAGCUUGUUCUUGUUUUUUUUUUUUUUUUUUUGUUUGUUUUUACUGUUUUUUUCCGGGUCCAGUUUUAUACGAUUCAUUUCUGUUCUGAAAGGACAGCGAGAGCGAGUUUAAAACAGUAUCAUUGUAAGAGAUUACUCCUGUUUUCUCCUUAGACCUUGAAUUUAAAAAUAGUUGGGAUCUAGAUUGAAAUCUUGAAUAUUUUUACCGUAUGUUAUUGGCAAUACUUAUAUUGUACAAUGUGCUUCAAAGGUUGCCAGUGUGAACAAGACAAUGGUCUGGGAUAUGAAGAGUCGUGUGGCGAGAAAGAAUCUCAAACUGGAAAGAAAAAUGUUGAAAAGUUGCGUCAUCAUGUGUGCUUGCUUUAAUGCAUGCUGGUUCCCAUACGCUGUUGUCUCAUUCUGGCAAACGUUUGUCAAUCCAUCGAUACCAAUCUGGUUAGCAGCGAUACCAGCAGCUGCCGCCAAAUCAGAAGUAAUCUUCAACCCAAUCAUAUACGUGGCAACUAACAAGCAGUUCCGACAUGCAUUCUACAAAAACCUACCCUGUACAGGUUUGAGAGACAUGCUGGUGAAGAAAGAAGAGGUUAAGGAACAAUCUUCGAAAGAAUCCGAUAUCUCGGACAAACAUGAAGACGCGGCGACUAACAACGCAAACCCAAAUGCUGUGGCCCCGGCCUCUGAAACUGCUCCGACAAAGGUGGAGUGCUAAGAGGAAACAGGAUGCAUCAAACUUUAAGUAUUAAUGUCAUUGAAAUGAUUGGGUGACGUCAUGGAGAUCCGUGCACGUGUUGAAAGCACGUACUAUUUGGAAUCAGUGGUAAUUACUUUGGUAAAGGAUGUUGCAGGACGUAAAUCAAAUAUACAUUGAAUUAUUUAAGUGCCAUCCAAUGGGCCGCAGAGUGACAAUUUGUUUUAGAUGGUAUCCUUUGUGUUUGCUCGCAACGUUGUCUUACAUGUUGUACUGUGUGCUAUAUUUACAUGUUGAAAAUAAUCAAACGAACGCUUUUCUUUUUGUAAUGAUGAAUAAUCAUUAGAUAAAUAUAGUGCACAACUCAACCUGCCUUUAAAAUGAAAUAUACACAUACCUCCAGUAUUGGCAGCAUAGUGUCGUGUCAUAGCUUUACGUGUUAAAGCAUUGUAAUUAUGCUUCUAUUUUGGAAAAGUGUGUUUAUCUUUGUACAUAAUUACAAACCCGUGUCAUUAAUUGGCCUCCUCUUUCUACUGUUUUUCGUUUGAACGAUGAGUAUACUAUGCAUUUACAAGCAAGUUGAACGGAAUUAACUUGGCAUAUAUUUAGAAUAUUGCAUUUCAACAACUUUAUUAGUGAAAUUUCUAUUACUGAUUUGUUAAAAUGGUUCUUUGACAAGAUUUGAAAUUAAAAAAAAUAAAUAAACUCGACUGUUGCAUUUACUUAGGAUAAAAAUCAAUAAAUGUAAAGACAAUAUAAUUGCUGU